UUAAAAUAAUGCAAUACAAUAAUUUGGAGCCGAUAGUUUAGUUCUAUACCCUAUAUAUUUAAGUGGCCAUGUGAGAUCUUCUCUUCCACAGCUCCCAAACACCAUACAAAAUCCUCUCUUGAUCCCUUCCUCUUUUUGUUUUUCUUCAGAUUCUUGGAAACAAAGCUUAAACGGAAUCAAGAAACGGGCGUGAGAAAAUGCCUUGUCUUUACAUUACAACCAACGUCAAUUUCGACGGCGUUAAAACCGAUCCGUUCUACUCGGAAGUCACCAAGGCCAUUGCUUCUAUCGUCGGACGACCUCAGAACUUAGUGAUGGUGGUUUUGAAAGGAUCAGUAGAGAUAGUGUUUGGUGGGAACAAAGACGCAGCUGCAUAUGGAGAGAUUGUGUCGAUGGGAGGCAUCACCAAACAAGUAAAGAGAGACCUCAUCGCGACCGUUGGUUCUCUUCUUCACACUCACUUUUCUAUUCAUCCUUCUCGUUUCAUCUUUAAAGUUUUUGAUAUCAAUUCUUUGCCUCUUCCUAAUUCUAAACUAUAAGUUGAUCAUGAUCUUAAUUUGUUCAUCAUCAAACACAGUCAUCAUUUUGAUUGAUAUCGUUCGAAGUAACGAACACAUAUACAGUCACACAUGUUUCGAUCAUUUAGUUUGUUUACUUCAUGAGUCUUUUCUAUAUUAUAUAUGUUUACACGCUUUUACUAUUUUA